AUGUCGUUGAUCGAUGAAAUGAAGCAAACUUUUUUAAAAGUACUAAAGGGCCAGACAGAUCAUACAAAGAUCAUUAUAGAUCGGCUGCGAAAUCGAGACAGUGAGGUGGUAAAUUACGAUGACUACUAUUUUGUCUCUGAAGAUGACUAUAAUAUGGAGAAAGAAACGUAUCUAAAAGAUACCACAACUGAUAUGAAAACUGUUCUGAAAGUGGACUCAACUGGUCAACUGUUUUGUUUCCUAGUGAUUCCUUUAGCAAUCGUAUUGCUUGGAAUCUUGGGUUAUUUAUUAUACCGAGUAAUAAGAAAAAGGCGCAACUGCAUGCAAAUACCACUGAAAAAAAUUGAAUUUCAUGAAAAAUUGGCCAGUGGCAAUUUUGGUACCGUGCAUCGAGGCCUAUGGAAAGGCAGAACAGAAGUGGCUAUAAAAAAAUUGGACAAAGCAGAUAUGAAGUCGAUUAAUGAUUUUGAGCAAGAAGCGUCGAUUAUGAAAACAAUGAGACAUAAAAAUAUAUUAUCUUUAUUGGGGAUUUGUCAAACCAAGGAGGAGUUGUACAUAAUUACCGAGUACAUGAAAAAUGGCUCGUUGCUUAAUUAUUUGCGCAAGGUAGGCGAAACGUUGAACAAAGCUGAUUUGUACGAGUUUGCAGAACAGAUUGCAUGCGGCAUGGUUUAUAUGGAAGAGCAAAAGUACAUCCACCGCGAUUUGGCAGCCCGUAAUGUUUUAGUUGACAAUUUGUUUCGUGCCAAGAUCUGCGACUUUGGUCUCACCCGAGCAAUUCAGGACGAAAUUUAUGAAUCUAGAAGUCGUGUCUGCGCCGUGAAAUGGACAGCUCCCGAGGCGCUGCAAUUCCAAAAAUACUCCCACAAAUCGGAUAUUUGGAGUUAUGGGAUUGUACUCCAUGAGAUAUUCUCUUUGGGCAAGAUACCAUAUCCUGGAACUAAUGGAUUGGAAAUACUUGAUCACCUGAGGAAUGGAUAUCGAAUGUCGAAGCCUGAUUUGGCGAGUGCGGAGACUUACGAGUUAAUGAUGAAGUGUUGGGAUUGGGAUGAAGACAAGAGGCCGGAGUUUAAACAGAUUCAUGAAUUCAUAAUGAAUAUAUGUGUUAAUGAAAAUAUGCUUAACGGUAUAUAUAUUAAUGAAGAUUCGUUUGCACUAUAUAUCAAUGCGUAG